UGCACGGGAAGGUUUUGAGUUGGUAAACAGGACACGUUUUGAAAUCUCUGACUGUCUGGACGUUUCCUCUUCAAAAAAAUGGAACAAAGACGAUGCCAAAGGUGGAGAUCGCGAACAAAAUGGAGUGUAUAUUUAAUGGCUUUGGUUCACCUUUGGAGCAACGUUUCAGCGCAAUUAAAAUAUUCCGUUUACGAGGAAGUUCAAGAAGGAAAUGUUGUUGGACAUAUCGCAAAGGAUUUGGGUCUUGACAAGGCAACACUGACAGAAAGGAGGUACCGCAUUGUCUACGGAUCAACGGAACCUCCUUUCCGUGUCAAUCAGAACGAUGGUAUAUUGUAUGUGAACGGAAAGCUUGACAGGGAGGAAAUGUGCGACAGGAGCAAGGUUUGUCUUAUCGAUUUAAAAACCGUGCUGGAAAAUCCACUGGAGGUCCACUAUGUCUCAGUGGAAAUUAUAGACGUAAACGAUCACGCUCCAGUAUUCCCGGAAAACAAAAAGAUGUUAGAGAUUUUUGAAUCUGCAUUACCGGGAGCAAAAUUUCAGUUGCAAGCUGCGCGUGAUGCUGAUAGUGGAUCAUUAUCUAUCCAGCAGUACAAAUUGAGUCACAGUGAACACUUCCGUCUGGAAGUUAAAGACCGCGGUGAGGACCGUAAAACACCAAGUUUAGUUCUCCAAAAGCCAUUAGACAGAGAAUCUGCGAAGACCCACGUGUUACUUUUGACAGCCUUUGAUGGAGGUAAACCUCCAAAGUCUGGUAACAUGACUAUCAUUGUUAAUGUUUCUGAUGUGAAUGAUAACCCUCCUGUUUUCAAUCAGGAUUCAUAUAUUGCUCACUUGAGUGAAAAUUCUCCUCUUGGUACUACUGUUUUUCAAGUAAAUGCAACAGAUUUAGACGAAGGUUCAAAUGGGGAGGUUAUCUAUUCCUUUGGUAAUGAUGUGGAUGCACGGGUUCGAAAACUUUUUCAUUUGAACCAAGUGACUGGAGAACUUACAGUAGCAGGAAUUAUAGACUUUGAGGAGACUGAGAGAUAUGAAAUAGACAUUCAGGCAUCUGACAAAGGCUCAGCCACUUUAACAACAGACAAAACCGUCAUUAUCAAUAUUGUGGACGUAAAUGACAAUGCACCUGAGAUUGAAGUGACAUCCUUUUCACAUGCAUUACCUGAAGACUCAAAACCAGGAACCACAGUAGCAUUGAUCAGUGUGAAAGACUCUGACUCUGGUCUAAACGGAAAAGUGAUGUGUUUCAUAAGCCAGGAUCUCCCAUUUUUGCUAACUCCAUCUUUACAAAAUAACAUGUAUUCACUUGUGACAAAACAGUCUUUGGAUCGAGAGCAACACUCUGGAUAUGAUGUAACAAUUAAAGUUAAGGACGCAGGUGAACCUCCGCUAUCAUCGGAAAAAACUGUUAAAAUUAUUGUGUCCGAUGUGAAUGACAACGGCCCACAAUUCUCUGAAAAUCCUUAUACAUUUUACAUAACCGAGAACAACAAUCCAGGGGUGGCUAUUUUAUCAGUGACAGCUCGUGAUGGGGACGACGGCAGUAACGCUUUAAUAUCAUACAAUAUCUUAAGGGACAAGGGAGGAGAAGCUAAGCUGACCUCCUUUCUCAAUGUGAAUGCUGAAAAUGGAGAUAUUCUGGCGCUGAAAAGUUUCGAUUUUGAAACUCUGAAAACUUUCCAGUUCCAAGUUGUAGCCACAGAUUCUGGAACUCCGCCACUCAGCAACAACGUGACAGUCAACGUGUUCAUUCUGGAUCAGAACGACAACGCUCCAGUCAUCCUGUAUCCACUCAGCUCCAACGGCUCUGCUGAAGGUGUGGAGGAGAUUCCCCGCAAUGUCAACGCAGGACACCUGGUGACUAAAGUCAGAGCCUAUGACGCUGAUAUAGGAUACAACGGCUGGCUGUUGUUCUCACUGCAGGAAGUUACUGACCACAGUCUCUUUGGGUUGGACCGCUACACAGGACAGAUCAGGACACUUCGUUCAUUCACAGAGACAGACGAGGCUGAACAUAAACUGGUCAUCCUGGUCAAAGACAACGGAAAUGUUUCACUGUCGGCCACAGCCACUGUGAUUAUCAAACUCGUGGAGCCCAAAGAGGCCUUUGCAGCUUCUGAUGUGAAAAGUGCAAUAACACAUGAGGAAAAUGACAAUGUGACUUUUUACCUGAUGAUAACUUUGGGCUGCGUUUCUGUACUUUUUCUGGUCAGCAUCAUAGUGCUGAUUGCAAUGCAGUGCUCCAAAUCCACUGACUAUACAUCUAAAUAUCUACAAGAGACAAAUUAUGAUGGAACACUGUGUCACAGCAUUCAGUACAGAUCUGGAGAUAAACGAUACAUGCUGGUUGGACCCAGAAUGAGUAUUGGAUCUACUAUAGUUCCUGGAAGUCAUGCUAAUACUCUUGUACUACCGGACAGGAGACGUCCAUCUGGAGAGGUAAGAAUAUUUUUUGACAGAAUGCCAAAAUGUGUCUUGUUUUGGUUUUGGGGCUUGAAAAUCAAUUUGCACUGGCCUUGGUGCUGA